AUAAUCCCUAGCUUCCAGACUCCUCUCUCUCUCUCUCCGCCGUGUUCUCCCCUCCAACUGAGAUCACUGCGCGCGACUCCCGCGCCAUGGCCUCGCCGCCGCCGCCGCCGCCGGCUACGAGACACUAGCAACGCUCCUCGAGGCAGCUGCGGCCGACCCGGGCUUGGAUUUGCUGACGAGGGGAAAGGGAUAAUAGAGUGAAGGAGGCGGGGGAGAAGAUGACUUCCGAAAUGGUAAAGGCGGCGACGAGCGAGAAGCUCAAGGAGAUGGAUUGGGCUAAGAACAUCGAAAUCUGCGAGCUCGUGGCGCAGGAUCCUGGAAAAGCGAAGGAUGUGAUCAAGUCUAUAAAGAAGUGUAUAGGGAGCAGGAGCAAGAAUACUCAACUCUAUGCUGUUAUGCUAUUGGAGAUGCUCAUGAAUAACUGUGGAGAGCCUAUCCACAGGCAGGUCAUUGAUAAUGGGCUUCUCCCGAUACUUGUAAAGAUAGUGAAGAAAAAGACAGAAUUACCAGUCCGGGAAAAGAUAUUUCUUUUGCUGGAUGCGACCCAAACAUCCCUUGGUGGAGCUAAAGCAAAGUUUCCUCAGUAUUAUGAGGCAUACUAUGACUUGGUGUCUGCGGGUGUGCAAUUUUCGAAUCGUCCAAACAUUGUUGUUACGAGGGCAGAAGUUCCAGUCCCAGAAACAAGAACAGAACCAAAUAAGGACGGUUUAUCUUCCAGACUGAAUGAGGGUCAGAGGGAAGUGCACACUCAGCCUGCUUCUGACACAAGUAUAAUCCGGAAAGCCACUAGUGUCAUGGAAGUUUUAAGGGAUGUGCUUAAUUCCGUGGAUCCUAGACAUCCUGAGGAGGGAGCGACAGAUGAAUUUGUUUUGGAUCUUGUAGAGCAAUGUACAUUUCAAAAGCAACGGAUAAUGCACCUGGUUAUGACAUCGAGGGAUGAUCUGGUGGUAUCGCAAGCUAUAGAGCUAAAUGAAGAGCUGCACAUGGUCCUUGUUCGACAUGAUGCAUUGCUUUCAGUUCAACCAACUACAACAUUAGCUUCUAAUCUGAAGGAAGAAGAGGAGGAAGAAGAUGCUGAAAGUCUCUAUCGGAGGCUGCGGAAGGGAAAGGCUCUAUCACAAGAUUACCAAGACGACACCAUGCCAUCGUUCCGUUCCAUACCCGAGGACAAGAUGCGGCGUCCACUCAUCAUCCAGCCGCCUCAACCCGAGAAAAAACUUGGAGCGCUGAACAUCCGCUUGCCAAACCCAGAGCCGAGACCUGAACCUGCUCCGUUGAUACCGCCGCCGCCUGCCAAGCACGCCGAGAGGGAGCGGUUCUUCAGGGAGAAGAGCACAGACGGUGUCACCAACUUGCCGGACCACCUGAGGGGCCUGUCGCUGCACAGCCGGGACGGCAGCAGUUCGUGCAGUGGCAGCACUGAUUAUGGCGACUGAGGGGGAGUGGCAGUACAUACAAGGGUUUGGUUCUUCGGGUUGAUCUUUCAUGUCAUCAGGCGAUCAUACACCUCUCUCCAGAGAGGCCACGAGCCUUGUCUUCUUCAUACUGACCUGUGUACACUUGGUUUGGUAGCUAAUUCUUUUCUUUUUCUUUGGCUGGCAUUGGGCGACCGUUGUGUAGGUGUGUUGUGGGGUUUUCAGAUCUACAGAUGAUUGAGAGCUGUGGUCGAUCUGCAGUGCGCUGCAGGAUGGGGUAUACUUUUGUUAGAAGCGUUGGUCUGCUUUCUCCUUU